GCGAGCUGCGCGACCAGCGGUUUGUUUUUCGGAGCGUUCCUGAGGUGGAGAACGGUGGCCGGACGGAACGACUGAGGGACUGAGGGACUAGCUGGCGGGCGGGCCGAGCGGCGCCGCCGAGGCCGGGCUGGGCCGAGCAGAGGAGCGCCGGGGAUGUAGCGGGCCACCCUGCCCAUGCCACAGCGCCCGGCCGCGGGCGGAGCCGGAGCCGGAGCCUGGGGAGGCGGCGGGGGCCCCGAGGGCAGCCCGCGUCCCCCGCGCGGAGCCAGGCCCGCUGCUGUCCCCGCCGCCCGGGACCCCGGCAUGCAGCCCCGGCUGCGGAGGUGACACUCGGGCCCGAGCCGCCGCCGCCGCCAUCGCCACCAUGGAUGAACAGGAGGCAUUGAACUCGAUCAUGAAGGAUCUGGUGGCCCUCCAGAUGAGCCGACGUCCCCGGGUGCCUGGAUAUGAGACCAUGAAGAACAAAGACACGGGUCACCCAAAUAGGCAGAAAAAACACAACAGCAGCAGCUCAGCCCUUCUGAACAGCCCCACAGUAACAACAAGCUCAUGUGCAGGGGCCAGUGAGAAAAAGAAAUUUUUGAGUGACGUCAGAAUCAAGUUUGAGCACAACGGAGAGAGGCGAAUUAUAGCGUUCAGCCGGCCGGUGAGAUAUGAAGAUGUGGAGCACAAGGUGACAACAGUGUUUGGGCAGCCUCUUGAUCUACAUUACAUGAACAAUGAGCUCUCCAUCCUGCUGAAGAACCAAGAUGAUCUUGAUAAAGCAAUUGACAUUUUGGAUAGAAGCUCAAGCAUGAAAAGCCUUAGGAUAUUGCUGCUGUCCCAGGACAGAAACCAUACCAGCUCCUCUCCUCACUCCGGGGUGUCCAGGCAGGUGCGGAUUAAAGCUUCCCAGUCUUCGGGAGAUAUAAAUACCAUGUACCAGCCCUCCGAGCCCAGAAGCAGGCAUCUCUCUGUCAGCUCCCAGAAUCCCGGCAGAAGCUCACCUCCUCCUGGCUACGUGCCUGAACGGCAGCAGCACAUUGCCCGGCAGGGGUCCUACACCAGCAUCAACAGUGAGGGGGAGUUCAUCCCAGAGACCAAUGAGCAGUGUAUGCUGGACCCCCUGAGCAGUGCUGAAAAUUCCUUGUCAGGAAGCUGCCAAUCCUUGGACAGGUCAGGAGACAGCCCAUCUUUCCGUAAAUCGCGAAUGUCCCGAGCCCAGAGCUUCCCAGACAACAGACAGGAGUUCUCCGAUCGGGAAACUCAGCUCUAUGACAAGGGGGUCAAAGGUGGAACCUACCCCCGGCGCUACCACGUGUCUAUGCACCACAAGGACUACUGUGAUGGCAGAAGAACAUUUCCCCGAAUACGGCGUCAUCAAGGUAACCUGUUCACCCUGGUGCCCUCCAGCCGCUCCCUGAGCACAAAUGGCGAGAACAUGGGUCUGGCGGUGCAAUAUCUGGACCCCCGAGGGCGCCUGCGGAGUGCGGACAGCGAGAACGCCCUCUCUGUUCAGGAGAGGAAUGUGCCGACCAAGUCUCCUAGUGCUCCCAUCAACUGGCGCCGGGGGAAGCUCCUGGGCCAGGGUGCCUUCGGCAGGGUCUAUUUGUGCUAUGAUGUGGACACAGGACGGGAACUUGCUUCCAAGCAGGUCCAGUUUGACCCAGACAGCCCUGAGACAAGCAAGGAGGUGAGUGCUCUGGAGUGUGAGAUCCAGUUGCUGAAGAACUUGCAGCACGAGCGAAUUGUGCAGUACUAUGGCUGUCUACGAGACCGCGCAGAGAAGACUCUGACCAUCUUCAUGGAGUACAUGCCGGGGGGCUCAGUGAAAGACCAGUUGAAGGCCUACGGAGCUCUGACUGAGAGUGUGACCCGAAAAUACACGCGGCAGAUCCUAGAGGGUGUAUCUUACCUGCACAGCAACAUGAUCGUUCACCGGGACAUCAAGGGAGCCAACAUCCUCCGAGACUCUGCUGGGAAUGUGAAGCUGGGGGACUUUGGGGCCAGCAAGCGCCUGCAGACCAUCUGCAUGUCGGGCACGGGCAUGCGCUCUGUCACCGGCACACCCUACUGGAUGAGCCCUGAGGUGAUCAGCGGCGAGGGCUACGGAAGGAAGGCAGAUGUGUGGAGCUUAGGCUGCACUGUGGUGGAGAUGCUGACAGAAAAACCACCUUGGGCAGAGUAUGAAGCCAUGGCCGCCAUUUUCAAGAUUGCCACCCAGCCCACCAAUCCUCAGCUGCCCUCCCACAUCUCUGAGCAUGGCCGGGACUUCCUGAGGCGCAUAUUUGUGGAGGCCCGCCAGAGACCUUCGGCCGAGGAGCUGCUCACACACCACUUUGCACAGCUCGUGUACUGAGCUCUCAAGGCCACGCUGCUGCCGGCCGCCCCUGCUGCGUGGGCCAGGGGCUGCUGUGGGGCUCAGCGAAGUUGCUGCUUUUCCCAGGCAAGGCUGUGGACCUGGAGCUGCAGUCCAGCCAGCGUUUGUCUGUGCCUCUUCGCCGCUGGAGCACAGAGCCAAGGUGGGGCAGCUGCAGCCUCAAGGACUGGAAGCCCCCAGCCUACCAGACCUGAGAGCUCCAGCCUCGUAAGCUCAGCGUGCAGGGGAAGGGGCCAGAACAAGUGUGCAAGGCGCUGUGGGCCCCGCCCUUGGGGCUGUGUCCUGACACUGCAAUCAGCACCAGAGCCCCAAGGUCUAGGGGCACAGGAUGGACAUGAGGGUCCGAAUAGUGUUACUUUCAUUCAGAGUGUUAUUUUGUUUCUCCUCCCCAUGUCUGGAGAUCACCGGGCAUCUCGGCUAGAUGAGCCCACCGAAGCCUGAGGUAAAAGCCCGGCAUCCCGCAGCCAAUGGAAGGCAGAGGCCUGGGCUGUGCUCUCCCUGGAGCUCCCAGGUCAGCUUUGCCAGUCCCUGUCCUUUACCAAAGAUGAAUGAAGCGAAUGUUAUGCUGCCUUAUUCAGGGAAGGAGCAGCCCGUCCUGCCUGCCCUUGUGACCCUGCCUUCCCAAGCAGGGGCCUGAGAUGUGGAACUGCCCCACUGAGGGGGCAGUUUUGUCAAUGCAAUGUCUCUGUUUUACAAGUUGGAGUCACUCUUAUGCUGUACCCAGUUUCUAAACUGGAGACUGUGUCCCCCCUGGGCUCUGAGUACCCCUGCCGGCAAUGUCUCUGUUUUACAAGUUGGAGUCACUCUUAUGCUGUACCCAGUUUCUAAACUGGAGACUGUGUCCCCCCUGGGCUCUGAGUACCCCUGCCGGCAAUGUCUCUGUUUUACAAGUUGGAGUCACUCUUAUGCUGUACCCAGUUUCUAAACUGGAGACUGUGUCCCCCCUGGGCUCUGAGUACCCCUGCUGUGGGCUUUGGGCCUUGGCUGGAUUGGAAAGAGCUGAAGGUAAUGGCCUUUGUGCUCUUGGCCUGGCAUCUGUUCCCCCACCGCAGCGGAAGGGAAGAUGGACAGCACAGUCCUGGCCUCUGAUCCAGCUGGCCGCCCCGCCCCCAGUAGGCUGUUCACGCUGGCCAGGGCAGUCCUAUCGGGCUGUCUGAGUAUGACCCUGCUAGGCCAGAGCCCUCUCCACCUGAUAGAAGGGAGAGCCCCUUUGAUGCCACCAACCGUGUCCAAAACCGCCAGCUUUGUUCCUCCUUGGCCAGCCUUGCCCUUCCCCACGAGGUCUCAGCCUCUUUCCCUUCUUGCUCCUCCCUUGGGGGGACAAGUGGCAGCAGGGGUCUGGGAGCCAGUAUCUCCAAGCAGCUUAGAGUUGGCCUUAUUUACCUCAGCCUGGGCGCUGGUCCUUUCUUCCGGCCCCUCCCCUCCAAAAUGUGCCUAUUGCUAGAGCUCCUCCCUCUCAACACCCAGUUUCCUUGGGAGUUGUCAUUAAAGGAAAAAAAAAAAAAACCAGUGCCCAGGGAUGGGCGUCUCCAGGGAGCUGGGGAUUAGCACCAGGCAGCUCGUUGCUAGCCACGCCCACUUCCCCACGGCACCGGAACAAGCCAAAGCCUUCGUUGUAUGUUGACGAUGCACUUUUAUGAAUGUACAAUAGUUUCUAUCGCUGUUUUUAGCCUUUUCACAUCAUGUAAUGUGAGGCCUUGUUACUUGUUAAUUUAUAGCUCAGAUCAUAUUUGAUGGUUUUUAUAUAUAUCACUUCUAGACUGUUACAGGUGAUGGACGCCUCAAGAGAGAGAAGAAAAUGAAAGCAGCUGGUUUUGCAGGAAUGUGUUGCAUGGUGCCAGUGGGCCCAGGCCCGUUUUCAUCCUCUUCCCCCAGGGGUCUGUCAGGCACCCCCAGCCCAGCCCUAAGAUAACGAGCAUGUGCUCCUGCCUCCACCUCGGCCCUUGCCCAGGGUGGGGACCGGCCCCUCAUCUCGACCAAAGCUGCCUCGUGGCAGCUCGGCCUCUCCACGACCCCGUCCUGAUGGCUCCACCACUCUUCUUGGGCCUACACCCCUGAUCUGUCCUGUUCCCUGAGAGGAAAGAGUAUGCAGGAGCUGACAAGAUGAGACGACUCUGUGUCCCAGGUUCAGGCUCUCACAGAGCCCCACCCCUCGGGGUCUUACCUCACAGGGAAUGUUUUAAAAAACAAACGAAUUUGCAAACAAGCCAACAAACCCUGCACUCCAAAAGAAACAAGACCCUGAUUUUUUUUGUGCCAAAAACUGUGGACAUGCUGGCUCAGCAUCCUCAGGACCAAGCUGUUGCUUAAUUUUAAUUUAUUGUUUUGUUUUUUUUAAAUAAUCCAGAUGAAAAGUUGUGGGCUUAGAUGGCCUGUGCCCAAAGGUUCUGAAGGGCAGUCACCUAGCAGCCCUAGGCUUGCUGUGGUAAGGGCCAUGCGCCAUUUGCUCAUCAUUCCGUGGGGUAUGUUGGCCUUGGCCAACCCAACAGAGGUCAGGGCUGGGGACAGUCUGCACCCCACUGCCCCUCCCGCCCUCCUCAGCUCUGUGUUUGUGUCUGAAUUGUGGAUCGUGCAGAAGAACCUGCAGCCAUACUUAUUUGACUAUAUCUUGACCCAGGGCUUGCAGUGCAAAGCCAGGCCAGUGUUGCGCAUUACUUACAAUAAAAGGGAUCAUUUAUA